GUCGGCGGCCCCGGACCCAGCCCGCGCCUCACACGGAUGGCGGCUGCGGCGCGCGGCUGCCCGCGCUGGGGCUCGCUCCUCGGGCUGCUCGGGCUGGUCUGCGCCGCAGCCACGGCUGCCUCGUGGGACCUGACUUCGCUGAGCUGCAGCUUCGGAACUUUCUGCGAAUGUGACUUCCGGCCCGACUUGAAGGGUCUGGAGUGUGACCUGGCCCAGCACCUGGCCGGCCAGCACUUGGCCAGGGCGCUGGUGGUGAAGGCACUGAAGGCCUUCGUGCAGGACCCCGCCCCCACCAAGCCGUUGGUCCUCUCCCUGCACGGCUGGAAAGGCACCGGCAAGUCCUACGUCAGCUCCCUGAUGGCGCACUACCUCUUCCGGGGCGGCCUCCACAGCCCCCAGGUGCACCACUUUUCCCCCGUUGUCCACUUCCCCCACCCCGGCCACAUGGAGCGCUACAAGAAGGAUCUUAAGAGCUGGGUCCAGGGGAACCUCACUGCCUGCGGCCGCUCCCUCUUCCUCUUCGAUGAGAUGGACGAGCUGGCCCCAGGCCUGAUGGAGGUCUUGCGACCUUUCCUGGGCCCCUCCUGGGUUGUGUACGGGACCAACUAUCGCAAAGCCAUCUUCAUCUUCAUCAGCAACACUGGUGGUGAGCAGAUCAACCGGGUGGUGCUGGAGGCGUGGCGCAGCCGCCGGGAGCGGGAGGACAUCCGCCUGCAGGAGCUGGAGCCGCUCAUCUCCCAAGCUGUGCUCGACAACCCGAACCAUGGCUUUUGGCGCUCAGGUAUCAUGGAGGAGCAUCUUCUGGAUGCGCUGGUGCCCUUCCUACCACUCCAGCGGCACCAUGUCCGGCACUGCGUGCUCAAUGAGCUGGCCCAGCUGGACCUAGAGCCCAGGGAUGAGGUCAUCCAGGCUGUGCUGGACAGCACCACCUUCUUCCCUGAGGAGGAGCAGCUCUUUUCCUCCAAUGGCUGCAAGAUGGUGGCUUCCCGAAUCGCCUUCUUCCUCUGACGUCCCAGGUGGCAUCCCUGCCCCUGGCCUGGCUGUCCUGAGGCUCUGCUAGAGGGACCCUUGUUCUGAGCCGCCUGAAUAGUGGGGCCUAGGACGCAAACGUGAAGACGAGGAGUAUGCUGACUGGCCGCGGACAAAGUGCCAGUGCAGAUCUUGGCUUCUUAACUGGCUUGAGGGCACUUUUUUUGGCCUUUGCGUCCUGUAAGGGCGCUCCUGGCUCCCCCAGAACCUCUGUGAGCCUUAACCUUGCCCUGUGGCCUGAGCCUUCUUACAAUGUGACUUGUAACUCAGGGACUGUGGCUCGUGGCUGCCCCAUCCCUCCUCAGUCUGUCACCCUGGGCACCUUACUCCUUCACCAUCCCCCAGUUCUCCACCCCCCACCCCAAGUCCCAGCAAUGCCAAGCCAGGCUGAGACUUCUCGGUCUCCGUGAAGAGAAGACCUGGUUUUUAAAGUUUUUAAUUUUGUAAAAGAAGAGAAAAAACACAAUAAACUUAGCCACGGGACCAGAAGGAUAUCGGCUGAGGUUUCUAAUUGUUCCAGAGGCAACUGCUUUGCUGAGUGCCAGUGUUUGUGGGGGCAGAAUCCCCAGAAAGAAGCAAGGGGGCUCAGUGGCGCCUUCAGACAGACGCUUAACUGCUCAAGCUGGAGUCCUGGUUAGCCUGCACGCUGCUGGGGUUUUGGCUCAGGUCCUGGGUGACUUCGCUAUUGCUGGAAUCUGGGCUUGAGCUCUGCGUCUGGGUCUGGGCGUCUGUGGUCUUGCUGGGGAUCUGGCAUUGGCCCUGGGCGAGUUCAGUGUUGCUGGGGCUCUGGCUUGAGUCAUAAAAAACCUUGCUAGAACUUCGGAUCAGUCCCCAACCUGAACCCCUUGUUCGGGCAACCUUGACCUUUCUGAACCUCUUCCUUGAGCACUGGGUCCCCUUGGUCUUGUGGAGCCUCCGAAUUUUGCCCUGAAUGGCCUGUGUCUGGCUGGGACUCUGGCCCUGGGCGGCCUCCGUCUGACUGGGACUCUGGCCCUGGGCGGCGUGUGUCUGGCUGGGACUCUGGCCCUGGACCGCCUCCGUCUUGCUGGGACUCUGGCCCUGGGUGGCCUCCGUCUUGCUGGGACUCCGGCCCUGGGCGGCGUGUGUCUGGCUGGGUCUCCGGCCCUGGGCAACCUGUGUCUUGCUGGGACUCCGGCCCUCGGCGGCCUCCGUCUUGCUGGGACUCCGGCCCUGGGCGGCCUCCGUCUUGCUGGGACUCUGGCCCUGGGCGACUUGUGUCUUGCUGGGACUCCGGCCCUGGGCGGCCUCCGUCUUGCUGGGACUCUGGCCCUGGGCGACUUGUGUCUUGCUGGGACUCCGGCCCUGGGCGACCUGUGUCUUGCUGGGACUCUGGCCCUGGGCGACUUGUGUCUUGCUGGGACUCCGGCGGCUCUGGGCGGCCUGUGUCUUGCUGGGACUCCGGCGGCCCUGGGCGACCUGUGUCUUGCUGGGACUCCGGCCCUGGGAGGCCUCCAUCUUGCUGGGACUCCGGCCCUCGGUGGCCUCCAUCUUGCUGGGACUCUCGCCCUGGGUGGCCUCCAUCUUGCUGGGACUCGGGCCCUGGGUGACCUCUGAUUUGCUGGGACUCCGGCUCUGGCCCUGGGAGGUCUCUGUCUUGCUGGGACUCCGGCUCUGGCCCUGGGAGGUCUCUGUCUUGCUGGGACUCCGGCUCUGGUCCUGGGAGGUCUCUAUCUUGCUGGGGCUCUGGCUCUGGUCCUGGGUGGCCUUGCUUUUUCUGGGGCUAUCUAUCAGGUAUUGGUCUUCCCAGUUCCCCAAGUCUGAGGAUCCAGACCUCAGCAGUGAGGAGUCGGAGAAUGUCACAAUGGUGGCUGAGGAGCUCCUGUAUUCCUGGCAGAUAGUGGACGUCUCCGUCUCUGAGAUGGACACAGCCCUGCCUGGGAAGGAUGUCCAAGAACACCCGUCAGGCUGCCUUCCUCGGACAGCUCCAGAGACAGGAUGCCUCUAGGCCUCACCCUGGCCAAAGCGGAAGGCCAUCCAGCUCCUCCAGCCCAGCCUCCCUAGGCCACCACACACAACAGGUGCGCCAGGGCUGUGAGAUAAAGGCCCACUCACCUAGCCUGGUCUCCACUCUGCUGGCUGUCCCCUGCCCUCUGUCCCCACCUCAACCAACAGCUCUCUCCUGCAGCAGUCCCCCUGCUCUGUGUGCCCCCUCCCAAGGUACUGCCUUGGCAAGGUGGUUAACCCCUACUUUUCCUUCAGGUCCUGAAGUCCUCCCUGAGCCCCCAAAGGGGGCUAAAUGCUCCUACCCUCCCCUGCUGCCCUGGCUGGCUGCCUGUCUUGGCUGGCUGGCUGUCCUGGCUGUCUGUCUACCUGCGUCUUCUUCCUUCAGGACCAAGCACCCCCCUGCAGACACUGGCGGUGCUGCCAGCCCAGCAGUGGCACCCGCACAGACUCCUGGGACAUGUUCUGGUGGCGCUGCAGUGACCGGCAGGAAGGAGGCUGGCACUGCUGUUUCUAUGCUGUGACUGUUCAUGGCCGCCCCUUCGACCUGCAGCCGCAGUCCUGGGUUUUCAUUUUUGCCCCCUCCCAGCUAGCGUCCGGUGGAUUUGGGGUAGAGGCCUGAGAGACACACUCAAGGUUUAUGGGCUGAUUUCAGGGAGAAGCCAAGGGGGUAGAGAAAGGAACAGGCCAGUCAGGAGAUCAAGGGUGGAGUGGGCAUCAACUGUGAAUGGCUUGUCGUGAGACCCGGGGACCAGGCAUCCCAGGCUCUGCGCUGAGCGCGGGCUCGCGCCACCCCUGCAAGGCUGGGUUUUUUACCCCCACUUUAGAGUCACGCUGUCAGCAGCAGAGCCGAUUUUGUUCCCAGACCAGGGGUUUCUGACCCCUGACUUUUCUCCACUCUGGUUUUGGCAGGGGCAUCUGGGACUUACAGGCCAAGCUGGAGCCUGACGAGGUCUGGUAGCUGUCAGUCAGGGACAUCACCUUGCUCGGGCCAGGUGUCGGCUUCUCCUAAGGCAGGAGACAGAUGGGGCAGCUGUGGGCUGGGGCAGGCCUGGGCCGUUGGCUGGGGCUCUGGAAGGCCAGCAGGCUCUGGGCCCCUGCGGUGGCAGUUGUCCCCAGCCUAGCGCUUCUCCAGGCUGCCAGGUUAGACUGGGUGGGGGACCUGGAGAGGCUGACUGUACUGGACGGAGAGUGGCCAGGCUAGACGGACAGUGCUGUGAGAAAGGCAGAGUCAAGAGAUGACAAGAGCCUCAGUUUCCCCAUCUUCAAAAUGCAAAUGAGUUCAAGGGCAGACAGGCUUCUGCAAGCUGUAAACCUUCAUCUGCUUCAUCCUCCCCGCAGGGGAGGGAACUGCUGCUAUGACUACUUCUUGGGCCAAGAAACCAAGGCUCUGGGCACCUAAGUGCCCUGCCCAGGGGUUCGAAGUGGGUUUGAAUCCAAGCCUAUAGGACCCCACAGCCGGGCUCUUUGCUGCUCGCCUCUGGCCUGCUCACAUCUCCUCACGCCUGCAGGGAUGUGCAGGAGGGAUGGUGGGGCGAGGGCAGAGGCAGCCAAGGUGCCAGCUCACUGUCUCCCACAGGGAGGGAGCCCCCAUAACUUCCAGGGGUAGGCGAUCAAAGUUUUGUCUUCUGUAUUCUAAGUGAGUUGUCAUGCUCGCUGUUUUCCAUUUACGGCAAGGGGCGCGGGAUUCCAUUUGCUGCAGCUGCAGAGAUUUGUCCGAAGACAAUGACUCGAUGCGUAUCCGCAGCAGAGCAGACAGACCACCGGGGCACCCGCAGCACGGAACACCCGCGCAAUGAGGGGGCAGACGGCCCGGACACUCGGCGCGCCGCAGGACAGGAGCCCGGGGCCCGUGGACACGCGUGUCUGUCCACCAGCCAGGACGCC